CGCAACGGUUGCAGACAAUGUCGGAGAUCGACCUCAUCGAAGGGACGGACAUUCCAGUUCUCAACGACCACAACAAGCUCCUUCAAUCACAGAUUCAAGAGAAAGAGAAGAAAAUCAACGCUUGCGAAGCUCAAAUUCAGGAACACGAUGACAGAGUACAAGCGUUAACUGAUCACUCAAAAAACGUUCGUCAGGAGUUGCAGCACACGCAGGCCGUUUGUGAUGCAAGGAAAAGGGAAAUUGAAACAGAAGAUCAUAUGAAACAAAUAGCUGAGAGAGAAGAAGGACGUUUGAAGGCUGAGAAACAUCGUGUAGCAGUAGAACUCACCGACCUUCAUGAAAAGAUGAACAGUUAUGAAAACAGUAUUUUUAGAACAGCGCAACAAAUUGAACAGAUAAAGGAACAAAUGAAAUGGGACCAGGAGGCUCUAGAUCAGUGGAUAGCAGUAGCAGAACGGAGAGACGAGGAUGCCAUUGUUCUACAGAAAUACACAAGAAUAGAUGACAGCAAGACAAAAGAGUUACAGUUGCAGCUAGAACGGUUGGCUGGUGAAUCUGAUCAGAAGAGACAUGGCUUAGACUCGACAGUUACGGAUGUGUUGACGACGCAGAUUGAGUUAGACAAAACAGCGGACUUGUUUAGACAUUCUCACCAGCAGCGAGAGACACUGAUUGAACAGUGGGAACAGACAGUGAAUCAAAUGAAGAAGAGAGAUAUGGAGAUCAAUCAGACUGCGCAGGACUUGACACAGCUAAAAAUGAACCAGCGAGAAUUAGAAGCUGCACUUCAUGAGAAACAGGCAUUUCUAGAGAGCGAAAUUAACAACAACCAAGAACAAGACAAACAGAUUGGUCUCACAGAGAGGCAGGUUGCUAAAUUAAGGUUAGAGUAUCAAGCAGCUGAAACAUCACAACUACAAUUUCAAGAUGAGCUGGAAACCCUAAAAUAUUCAGUGGAGAGAACAAACACAGAUCUGCAGAGCACACGGGCUGAGGCUCAUCAACUCAAGCAGCAGUUGAAACAGAAAAAACAAAGACUUGAAAUCAUUCAUGAAGAACGCCUUUAUUCUCAAGAAACAUUGAAGAAGAUGGUGCACAUGACAUUGUCCGCUGAAGAGUUCAAUCAGAGAAUGGAAGAGAAACUUUCUGCAAACGAAAAGCUACUACAAGAGGUGCAGAAAACGCUGGAACAAAAGCGAGAAGUACAGUUUCGACAAACUCAGCAACUUUAUGACGUGAAAGAGAAGGCAACGAAUGCAGAAGCAGAGAUACAGGGUAAUCGUGCUGCUGUUAGAAAUCUCAACAGCAAAUUGAAUAAGGUCGAUCAAGAGUCGUUGAAGCAACAGGAGCUGAUCUACAGUCAAGAUUUCCAGCUACAGCAUUUGGAGCGGAAAGUAGCUAGACUGCAAGGCGAGAGAAGCAACGAGGAGAAAGUGGCUUUGAAUUUAAAAAUUAAGGAAUUGGCAGCACGCUUUGAUGAGCAGCAGGCAACGGAGACAAUGUUGCAGAACCAGCUAAAGAGAUUAGGGGAUGACCUGCGACGUGCAACACGUGGCCUGGAGAAAGCAAGAAACGAGAAGUUUGAUCUUACGAGCAAAAUAGAGGAACUUGAGUUGCACAACGACAGCUCACAACGUGAACUGAAAAAGGUCGAAGUGGCAAAGCAAGAUCUAAUGGUGGAUGAGAACAUUUUGAAGCUGGAGAUCAAACAGCUUCGUGAUAUCCUCAAUUCGAAAGCAGAUGUUGUGUUGUCUCUUGCAAAGAGGAAGCUUCAGCUGCAUACAGCUAUGACUGAACGGACACAUGAAAUUAAUGUACACAAGGACAUGCUGCAAGCUCAAAUAAAGGCUUUGGACACAGAGAGGCAGAAACUAAGUGCUGAAGUUCAUGACAGAUUCUCUAAGAUAGACAAGCUGAGAAAGCGAUAUGAAAUUGUGAUGAUCUCAAUGGCACCACCAGAAGGAGAAGAAGAGCAUUCACAGGCUUAUUAUGUAAUCAAGGCAGCACAGGAGAAGGAAGAACUACAGAGGACGGGAGAUGAAUUAGAUGCAAAAAUUAGAAAAGCAGAAAAAGAAAUAAGAGCAUUAGAAAACACACUUAGGCUAAUGAAUGGAAGCAAUGAGACAUUCAGAAAAAGUCUGAAUCGAGUUGACCAUAGUAGUAAUGAGUUUCAAGAGAAGGAACAACUGGAAGCGAACCAUCAGCAAUUGUUGGACAAAGUGGUAUACAAGAGAAAGCAAGUCAAGAAGCAACGAGAGGACCUACAGACGAUGGGAAGAAACCUUUCUACUUUGAGUAACGAUGAACAUCAACUUCUGGAAACUAUUGAAGAAAAGCAGGCUGUGGAAGGUCAUAUGAAGAAGGACUUAGUUGAUCAAAAAGCCAAGAAAGAUCGAGUUCUACGGCAGUCAUCAAAGCUCUUGCAAGAAAUUCUUUCUUCUUCAUCAAAGUCUGUGGCUGGAACUCAGCGUGAUAUUGAAGUGAGACAGAAGAAGGAAUUUGGAAAUAGUGUGAUGCAACAGCUCGGCCAGGUGGCAGCUGAAGCCCCCGACCUUGCCCCUUCGAUUCAUCUUCUUUGCUCUCAAGCCGGUCUACCACCUCCCCCUAGCCCUUUGGGCUCUGGUCGUUUGACAUCAAGUCGAGCAUCUUCAACGCGGACUAGUCAAAGUCAAGUAAGCAUUGUUUCAUCGAGAGCUGCAUCUCGUACAAUUGGAAUGACUCCAAUGGCAAUCAAAGAGGCAUUAGCACCAACAGGCAUCUCACCACAAUCGAGUGGCUUUGUUGCUCAGCAUAGAACACCUGGAUCUAGAGCAAGCUCAGCUGGUUCUAGGGCGUCGUCUCGUGCCAGCAGUGCAGCAAGUCAAAAGGGUCUGGUACCAGCUUAGUUGCAAUUGAACUAAUUACGUUUAACACCAUAGAUCUAUCUUGUAGAGUUGUACACUUGUAAUGAUCAAUGAAUAAACAAAAACUGAGUUAGGA